AUGAUUAACCUUCGUUAUGGUCAGCCCCUUGAGAUAUUUUGUAUCGCUGAAAACAAUUACACUGCCAACGACUUGGAGUUUUUCCUUGGAGAGGACCUUGUCGAUUCCGAAAUAGUAAAUAGAACCACCAGAAGGCUAUACAUUGAACAUGUAGAGAAGCAAGUGUCAACUUAUUACUGCUUGAACAAUGUGACUAAUAAACCGUGUACUACCAGAGUGCUGGUGGAUUUGCCGCCAUCUAAUAUAACAGAUUUUAGUUGUAUAUCGAAAAAUAUUGAAGAAUUGAACUGUACUUGGACAUCUAGAGAGAAUUUAAGCAAAACCAACUAUUCGUUAGCGUUCUUGGUUAACAACAAGGCCUCAAUUCCGUGUCAGAUAAAGAGAGACGGUGAAAAGUAUUUAUGCAGUUGGAAUACCACAAGCAGACCGAGAUACAAACAAAUGGAGGAGCAAUUUAAUUUUCUGUUAAGAUCAUGUAAUUAUUUUGGUUGUAAUAAUCAAAUAUUUACAAUAAAUCAUUUCUCUAGUGUCAAACCUGAUCCACCUAUAAAUCUGAAAGUGGUGAGUCAAGAGCCACACAGUGUGCUAUUGAGUUGGACUAUUCCAAAUAAUAUAGUAGAUUUCCUCAUUUAUCCUAUCAUUCAUAGAAUAGAGUACCAAAUAGCUAAAAUUGACAGAACAGAUUAUUUCCGAAGUGUAGACACUUCAAUUCUGAAAUCAAAUGUUAGUAAUAAAUCAAAUCCUAACAAGAAAUCAUAUACAUUUUUGCUCUCAAAUUUGCCAUAUGCUCACAUGUCAUAUGAAGUAAGGGUAUAUAUAAAACCUGAGAAUGCAGAAGACAGAUUCUGGUCUGAUUUCACUUAUGUGCUCUUUACAACAGCUAGUGAAAAACCUCAAAGGCCACCAGACACCAUUAUCGGGGCAUUUGACCAAUCAAUUUAUAAUGAUAAAAGGGUCAUCUAUAUUUAUUGGAAGCAACUUGAGGAAUAUGAGGAAGCUGGUGCAAACUUUACCUAUAGGGUUGUUGUCAAACAAGGAUCCAAGAAUCCACAGACAGUAUUCCCAGAUAAGAACAAAAGUUUAAGUUAUGUUAUACUAAACGAUGCAUCCCUUGAAGCUAUUGAUCUUUCCAUUUCAUCAAUGAAUGCUGUGGGCUCAUCGUUUAAUAAUAGUCAUCUGUAUGUCCCAUCAAAACGAGAUACUGAUGCUCUACAGGUACAUUCAUUCACAAAACUGGCUUAUGGAAAUGGUACCUAUAAGUUAUCAUGGAUCAAAGCAGAGAACCUUGACAACUACACAUUGUUUUGGUGUCAAGAUAAUACUACAAAAAUUUGUGCAGGUCGAAUGAAUUUUACCGUUUUAGACCCUGAAAAAAGCACUCAUAUAAUUGAUUUACCAAGAGGACCUAGGUACCAGUUUGCAAUAUCAGCUAACAGUGCUUAUAAAACUAGUGGUAUGAUUUGGGCCUCAUGUGACAUAUCGAAAGAUGCAAUUCCUAUGUAUGGCUUUCCAGUACAAGUAAACCAUGAUGCCCCAGGAAAGACCCAUGUGAGAAUAACUUGGACUAUGUCUUGCACUCUUCAAGAGGGCAUUAUUACGGGCUAUCAAAUAUCAUAUUGUCCUGUGGUAAAUACAAGUAGUGAUUGCGAUCCUUCAUUUGGAAAAAAAUCUAAACUUUACAUUGAUAACCCAAAUCAAAAGGAAAUAAAUAUAACAGAUUUAAAACCUUAUAGGACAUAUCACUUCACAUUAGCAUUGAACACUACCUACGGAUUAAAGACAAUUGAAAAUGCAUCUACAGGAGUAACUACCACAGAAGACACUCCAUCAAAUCCUGAAAAUGUUACACUAUCUGACAUCCAAUUUGAUUCUCUUGUGGUCUCAUGGGAUCCACCUGCACAGAAAAAUGGUAUAAUAGGCAAAUAUGUUAUUUUAGACAAGGACCAAGAGCUUCAUGCAGAAAAAAUACCUAAUGUGGAUAAAGAUAUUGGUAGGAGGUCUGUUAAAGUAACUAAUUUAAAACCCUUUACUAAUUACUCCAUCAGUGUUCAGGCUUGUAACCCUGGGAUUAGAAGCUGCUCUAAGCCUAAAGCAUCUGAUGCCAUAUUUGUGAGGACGAGAAUUGGACCUCCAAGCAUUUUAAACCCACCAAUUGUUAAGACUAACCCAGGUCUUCUUAAGUGGGACCCUCCAGUCUUGCCAGGCGGUACUGUAGAUCGUUACGAAAUAAAAAGAAUCAAGGAUGAUAACCCUGACACUGUUGAAAUAUUUAAUACAACAAAUUUGUCAUAUUCUUUAAUACAUUGUGAAGGAGUAGAACAUUCUGAAUAUUACCAAGUCAGAGCUGUAAACAUAGAUGAGGAUCCAUAUCAUGGCAUAUUAGCAGACAGAGUUGAAGUCGAAAUGCCUAAAGGCCAAGUUGAACAUAAAGAAUUUUAUGGUGACUGGAGUAAUCCGAGUACAGUGACAUGUAGAAGCAGGGGUGAAAUCACCAUGGGACUUAUUCUUGUGGCAGUAUUUGCAUUAAUUGGUGUCAUGUAUGGUUCUAUUAAGAUGGUUAAGAUAGUUAGAAAAAUGGAAGAUAUAGACCCCGUUCUACCCAAUGGUCUGGGGAUACCUGAAAAGGAUGUCUCCAAAUAUGCAUAUGGAGGAUUGUAUUCCACCAAUAAGGAUGAUAAACCAUCAUCAGAUGAAAUGUUAUUAUUGCCUAACAGCAGAACUCCAGUGUCGACUACAGAAAAUAAACAGACUACAGACAAUAAUUGUGGUUCCAGUGAUCACACGGACAGCACUGCAUUAUCGGAUACCUCACGGUGUCCUGUGUCCGAGAGGCAUGCAUCCACAUCUGAUGAUGGCUCCGAAUCUUCAUUACAUUUAGAAGUGGAACCUGUGAGAACUGAUGAUAACAAUGUAAUGCGUGAUGAAGAAUCUUCAAAUUCGGAAACAGGCAAUAUUCAAGAGAACUCAUCUUAUUUUGGUGACAAAGCUUUCAAAAAGAAUCCUAGUGGAUAUGUUCAACCUGUGGUUGACCCUAGCACUGGCUAUGUUCAAUCGGCACCUGUUCCACACAGGAGCCCCCUUGCGAAGCCUACGACACUACCCGCUAGCUCAAGCUAUGUUAUGGCUGGAUUGUCACCGCCUAUAUUUACGACUGGCGUCGCGCAACCUAGCAUACAGUCUCAACCACCAUCAUCCGGGUAUGUGAGGCCUGAAGAGGCUCAGCCUAAGUCUAUGAACUUUCCCAAGUUAGGUCCCUCACCAACCAAGGUGUUCGGAUCAGAGAGCUUGCCAACUAUGCCUACCUUGCCACAGCCUGUGAAACACGGCGCCGACAGUAGUUAUAUUCAGCUACAGUCGUUGGAUGCCUUGACUAGUCAUAAGCAGCCUGUGCGUAGUACAGUGCCAUUGAAGCCCGUGGCGUCUAGUGGCUACGUGAGCCAAGGAGACGCGGUGAUUAACAAGCAUCUAAACAACAUGUUGUCGGGCGGACAGCUGGCAGAAGAGUCGGCGAUUUUGGACCCGACUAUGUCACCUGAUGCGUACUGCAGGUUCUCAUGGAGUACUGACCCGGCCAACGAUAAUCUUCAUGCGUUACUCGCCGAUUCGCAUACGUUAAAGUCGUCUAAAAAUUGA